AUGGCGUCAACAAGUCACUCUGGUGUCAACUAUGGAUCCCAGGUGGGAAUCAAUUAUGGCACAUUCAUGGCAGACUUUCAUCUGCCUCCGGAGCGAGCAGAAACUCCGCCCAGCCCUUUGUCAACUGUGCCAUUCGCGCGCGAUCCAGACUUUGUCCGUCGGGACAAACUGCUUAAUCAGAUCUAUAGUAAGAACUCGGUCGCGGGGUCGAGGAUAGCGCUGAUUGGCCUCGGCGGUGUUGGAAAAUCGCAACUUGCGAUCGAAUACUCCUACCAAGUCCGAUCCAGAUCACCGGCAACAUGGGUCUUCUGGGUCCAUGCGAGUAAUGAAGCCCGAUUUGAGCAAAGUUUCCGGGACAUCGCGGACCGGGUAAAAAUCCCGGGCCGUCAAGAUGCUAAAGUUGACAUAUUCAAACUGGUCGAAAACUGGCUCCGGGAUGAAAAGAUAGGAAAUUGGGUUUGUAUCCUUGAUAAUGUCGAUGACGAUCAGCUUCUUUGCUCGAUUCCGGUGGCAGGCAAAAGAGAUCCGUUGAGAGGCCCAACGAACGCGUCGGCAAAACCACUAUUAGCAUAUAUCCCUACAAGCCAGACUGGAUCUAUCAUCAUCACGAGUCGGACCAGAGAGGUUGCGUUGAAGAUAGUCGAUCAUAAGGGCAUUGUUGAGGUUAAACCCAUGGAAAAGUCCGAAGCACUAGAGCUUCUUCAGAGAAAACUUGAACAACCAGGGGAAAGCCAAGAAAGUCAACAGUUAGUGAACGAGUUGGAAUUCAUGCCGCUAGCGAUAGUACAGGCCGCUUGCUAUAUUCGAAUUCGGGCGCCUCGCUAUUUGAUAUCGCAAUACUUGAAGGAUUUCCAAAGGAGUGAUCGUGAAGCAGUAAAGCUUCUGAAAAAAGAAGCCGGUCAUAUUUACCGGGACUGGGAGGCUAAGAAUUCAAUUUUGGUGACGUGGCAAAUGUCAUUCAAUUAUCUACGCCAGACAAAGCAAUCUGCGGUGGAAUUGCUUUCUCUUAUGAGCUUUUUCGAUCGGCAAGGGAUUCCAGAGAAACUUAUCCGGCAUCAGCCUAAGGCCAACUACAUAUCAAGUUCAGAACUUCCAAGUGACUGGAGCGACGGGGCAAUAUCUGAAUCAGACCUAGGUCCCGAUUUUGAAGAUGACCUUGCAACACUGAGGGACUAUUCAUUUAUAUCUGUCAAUGAGAACAGCACUUCCUUUACGAUGCAUAGGCUGGUGCAACUGACUACGCGCGCGUGGUUGAAAUCUCAUAGACAAAUAGACCAAUGGAGAGAUAAAUUCAUUAGUAUCCUCUACGACGAGUUUCCCACUGGUGAAUACGAAAACUGGGAGAGGUGCAGGCCACUUUUCCCUCAUGUCAAAUCUGCAAUGUCACAGCGACCAACAUCACCUCAGUCUCUACAACAAUGGGCUACAUUGCUUUAUAGAGGUGCAUGGUAUGCGUCGCAAAGCGGCAACAUCGUGGAUGUAAGACAAUUGGCAGCAAAGUCAAGAGAGCAAAGAAUGAUAUUGUUUGAUGAGAAUCAAGAAGACGUCCUUGAUAGUACAGACAUGCUUGCAACAGCAUACUGGCUUGAAGGCCAGUGGGAGAAGGCCGAGCAGCUCCAGGUGCAGAUGAUGAAGACUCGCAAGACAAAGCUCGGCAAGAACCAUCCCGACACGCUGAACAGUAUGACCAACCUGGCGUCAACGUACAGGAACCAGGGCCGGUGGGAGGAGGCCGAGCAGCUCCACAUGCAGGUGAUGAGGGCUCGCAAGACGAUAUUCGGCGAGGACCAUCCUGACACACUAAACAAUAUGGCCAACCUAGCGACAACAUACAGGAACCAGGGCCGGUGGGAAGAGGCCGAGCAGCUCCAGGUGCAGGUGAUGAAGACUCGCAAGACGAUAUUUGGCAAGGACCAUCCCGACACGCUGACUAGUAUAGCCAACAUAGCAUCAACGUAUAGAAACCAAGGCCGGUGGGAAGAGGCCGAGCAGCUUGAGGUGCAAGUGUUGAAGACUCGCAAGACAAAGCUCGGCGAGGACUAUCCCGACACGCUGAACAGUAUGGCCAAUCUAGCGUCGACAUUUUGGAACCAGGGCCGGUGGGAAGAGGCCGAGCAGCUCCAGGUGCAGGUGAUGAAGACUCGCAAGACAAAGCUCGGCGAGGGGCAUCCCGACACGCUAAACAGUAUGGCCAACCUGGCAGCAACGUAUUGGAGCCAAGGCCGGUGGGAGGAGGCCGAGCAGCUCGAGGUGCAGGUGAUGAGGACGAGCAAGACAAAGCUCGGCGAGGACCAUCCUGACACGCUGAACAGCAUGGCCAACCUAGCAUCGACAUUUUUGAACCAGGGCCGGUGGGAAGAGGCCGAGCAGCUCCAGUUGCAGGUGAUGAAGACUCGCAAGACGAAGCUCGGCGAGGGUCAUCCCUACACGCUAAAUAGCAUGGCUAAUCUAGCAGCAACGUUUUGGAGCCAAGGCCGACUGGAUGAGGCCGAGAAUCUCUUCAUGCAGGUGAUGAAGACGAGCAAGACAAAGCUCGGCGAGGACCAUCCUGACACGCUAAACAGUAUGGCUAAUCUCGCUGUUACCUGGAAAUCUUCAGCUCACGAUGCCGAAGCCACCAAGUUGCUACGAGUUUGCUUAAGCAAGCAGAAGCAAACACUCGGCCCGUACCAUCCCACUACUUUAUCGAAUUCACAAACAUUGUUAGAAUGGGAAACGCAGCUCUUAGAUAUGCAUUCCUAG